AUGCCCUCCGUCCAGCGCUGGUGGGCGGCUUCCAUUCCAGAAACUCCCGUCGCAUCCAAGGAUCUGGCACAGCUGCUGCGGACAGAUUAUUUACUUACUGCCUAUGGCGAAACAAGACAGAAUGAUGAAAUUGUAAAGACUCUGUGGUCUCGUGUGCCAGUCAUAACCAAAACCAUCUUGGACAACAGUACAGGGACGAAGCUGAAGCGGUGA